AAGCCUUAGGGUGGCCCCUACAGGUUGAAAUGAGGGAGGACGGGCUUUUUUUUUCAAAGCUUCCUAAGUUGAUUUUGAACAGCUGUAUUUUAACAAUAAAGAUAUUUGCAAAUUGCUACUAAUGUACUGAAAAGCACUGUAAAGCUACUCAGUUUGUAGUUUACAGCAUCACUGAAACUAGGAUGGAAAAAUCUGUAUUGAUGUAGCCCUGUUCGCUUCUGAGGAAGGUCCUAAAACAAGCAGUAGCUGAAUGAGUUUUUGUAGCUUUAGAAAAAAUAUGAAUAACCAACUAGAUUAAUCUGAUAUUUGUUUUUUAGUUUGAUAUGGCUUGAAGGAAGAAUAUUGAUCAAACGCCAGCGGAUAGCCUGGUUUCCAAUAGUGCCCUCGAAUAUUUUACAUUCAUCCACGUACAAUGCCAUAUAUAAUGAUAGGUGCUAGAAAUACUACAAUAAUCAUUUAACUUCAGUAUUUACCAGAAAGAUGGAGCAGUUCCUCGUGAUGUUGAAUGCUGUGAUAAGCAAUGCAAUAGGUGCAUUUAAAGUUUUCCUAACUUAAAAAAAAUGCAUUGAGUAAACUGAACAGACUGAGGAUGAAAUUUCUAGUAUGAUUGCAUUGCAUCCACAGUUUUAAAAAAAACUAGGGAAGAGGUAGCAGAAACAUUACAAUUAAAUCUGUCGGUAGAUAAAUAUGUUGUGCCAGGGAACGGUUUAACAGCUAAUAUAAUCCUUACAUUUAAGAAAUGGAAAAACAAAUCCGGGGAUCUAUCGACCACUCAUCUUAACAUUAAUGAUAUUUAAAAUAAUGGAUUUCCAAUUAAAGAAACAAAUAGAAGAACAUCUGGAAAUGAGAACUAUAAUAAUGAAUAGUCAGCAUCAAUUUGAAGGGAGAAGUUUUACUUGACAACUUUACUAAAAUUUGAGGAAGCAACGGAGAGACUAGAUAGUGGUAAUUCACUGGAUAUAUUUUAACUGGAUUUUGAUAGAUGCUUCUUUAUGGACUAACUAAUAAGGUCAGAAAAUGGGGAAUAAGGGGACCAGUUUUAGAAUGGAUUGCUGGUUUGCUUUGGAGCAGCAAGUAUUGAAUGAGAAAAAAGCUGACUUCUGUUCAGAAUAGUAGACGAUCUGAAGUGGCAUUUCACAAGGAUCAGUGCUGGGAUCACUGCUGUUUGCAAUUUUACAUGAAUGAUUUGGACUUUUGAAUCACAAACACGAUUUCUAAAUCAGUUAAUAUUGAGGAAAGUUGUUACAUAUUGCCGAAGGAGAUAAUAAGAAUGCAGAAAGGCACAUCAUUGACAAAUUAAGUUCAACGUAGAUAAAUGUAAAGUUGGACUUCUUGAUAGGAAGAAUAGGGAAGUUGCUUAUUAAUCCAGAAGUUGCAAGUACAGGUGGAGUAUAUGAUGUAGGGGGUCUUCAAGUACAACUACAUCAAUUGCAAGCAGUUUCACCACAGAUUCAUGUAAAGACUAUCUUUUUAAUUUUCUGUAUUUUUUUAUGGACCAAAAUGGGAAAGAUACUGUUUUAAAAGCCAAAGAUUGUUGAAAGAUUGCUAAACCUUUUUAAAGCAAGUAACCUGAUACUUAUCGUAAGUACUAUUUAUACAGCCACUUGUUCGAGCACUAGCCGAAGUCUAAUUUGCAGACUUGCUGGAGUCAAGGGAUGUGCGUGAAUGGAACUGUGGAUGGCAACAAAUAGCUGAUUGGUCUGUGGACUACCCACCAGUUAUCAGCCUUCUAUCUACUAACAACUGUGUUAGCAUCCAAGAAAAUGUGUGAUGAAAUAUUGAAAACACUGCAGAAAGACCUGGGACCAUCUUGCCAAGCCACCUGUUUAGAAACAAUCCGCAUUCUCUCCAGGGACAAGAAAAUUUUGGCUCCUUUGACAACCAGACCAGCAAUGCUGGCCCUAAUGAGGUUGGCUGGAUUGGAGUAUGCACAAAGCUCGAAACAGGAGAUAUCCAAUUUUAAUGUUAUAAUUGAGGCUUUAAAAUGCCUGUGCAAUAUUGUAUUCAAUAGUGAGAAGGCGCAGCAACUUAGUGUGGACUUCAAGCUUGUCAGUGGAGCCUGUGAACGCUUAAAGACACACAGAGACAAAAAUCUGCCUCAUGAAAUUAAGUUCUUUGACUUGCGCCUUCUUUUCCUGUUGUCAGCAUUGCGAAUGGAUGCCAGGGCUCAGCUAAAAGAAGAACAAGGGCUACUGUUGCUUACUGAUAUCCUAGAGAGCACAUUGGAUGUCAAGUGGUCACAUAAAUAUGUGGUGGCCACAGACUGCAGGGGACCUCCCUUGUCUAAUGAGCAGGUGGAUAUAUCCGUGGAACUGCUGAAAGCUCUCUUUAAUGUCACUUAUGACUGCAACCAGCAGCAAAUUGAUGAAGAUCGCGCCCAUCAGAACAGGCACCUUGCUGCUAUUCUCUGUCACUGUUUGUUGCUGAAGACUCAGUCUGAAGACAAAACUGAAGAAUUUCACAGCCACACAGUCAACCUUUUGAACAACAUUCCAGCAUCAAGCCUUGAUCUCCUCUUCAGCCCCAGCAUCAAGUGUGGAACAGUCGAAUACAAUGGGAAGAAGAUGGAUGCAGUUGAGGUUUUGCUGGGUUUCAUGGAAAACCGAAUAGACAAAGGGUCCAAUUUAAAGGAAGGGUUGACUCCAGUUUUAAGUGUUCUGACAGAAUGUUGCAGGACGCACAGAGAUAUGAGAAAAUAUAUCCGCUCACGGGUCCUGCCUCCUUUAAAAGACGUAAAGCAUCGUCCAGAAAUUGGUACCACUCUUAGAAAUAAGCUGGUUCGCCUCAUGACACACAUCGAUACUGGAGUGAAACACACUUCAGCAGAGUUCCUGUUUGUACUCUGCAAAGAGAGUGUUGAUUGCUUGUUAAAGUACACUGGCUAUGGUAAUGCUGCGGGGCUACUUGCUGCCCAUGGGCUUCUGGCUGGAGGGAGAGGUGAUGGGCAAUAUUCUGAAGAUGAGGACACCGAUACCGAAGAAUACAAAAGUGUCAAAUCUUUCAUUAACCCUAUCACUGGUCAUGUGGAAGAUCCAAUGCCCAAUCCAAUGGAUGGAAUGACAGAGGAACAGAAAGAGUAUGAAGCAAUGAAACUCGUCAAUAUGUUUGACAAGCUGUCCAGGGAGCAGAUAAUUAAGCCAAUGAGGGUUAAACCGGAUGGCACAAUGGGUCCAUUGGAGGAAGCAGCAAAUGAAUACACCAGUGAUCACAAUUCCACUUCAGAUUCUGAUGAAAACAUCUAGCAGUGUGACUGAAAUCCCUUUACCAAACUCAGCCUAUUAUUUUCACAAGAGAUAAAGGGAACUGCAGAUGCUGGAGAAUCCAAGAUAAUAAAGUGUGAAGUUGGAUGAA